AUGGGGUCUACAUUCGAUCCGUUCUCGCAGAGCAUCACCCUCCGCGGUCCUGCCGAGAACGAAAUCACCAUUCCCAUCGAAACGGUGGACUUCUUUUACCAAUACUGCAUCCGCAUCUGCAUCAACUAUGGAGCCCAGCUUGGGGCUUCCAUCGUCCUGUUCAUCAUCCUCCUGCUCCUGACAAGGCCCGAGAAGCGCCGCUCGUCGGUCUUCGUGCUGAACAUCACGGCGCUUCUCUUGAACGUGAGCCGAUUGAUCUGCCAGCUCAUCUACUUCACGAGCGAAUUUGUCCGUCUUUACGCCUAUUUUGGCAACGACUUCUCGCGCGUGCCGCCCUCUGCUUACGCCGAUUCCAUCCUGGGCGUCGUCCUGGUGACACUUCUGAUCGUCUGCAUCGAGGCCUCACUCGUGCUGCAGGCCCAAGUGGUCUGCGCAAACCUGCGACGCGGAUACCGCCGCAUCCUCCUGGCCGUCUCCAUUGUCAUGGCCUUGGUCCCCAUCAUCUUCCGCUUCGUCUACAUGGUCCAGAACUGCUGGCAUAUCAUGCACGCCGCCGAGACCAUCCGCCUGAACUGGCUGGAAAGCGCCACCAACGUGGUCAUCACCAUCAGCAUCUGCUUCUUCUCCGCCGUCUUCAUCACCAAGCUCGGCUUCGCCAUGCACCUCCGCAAACGACUGGGGAUGACAGACUUCGGCCCGAUGAAGGUCAUUUUCGUCAUGGGCUGCCAGACCAUGGCGAUUCCAGCUAUCUUCUCCAUCCUGCAAUACAUCGUCAGCGUCCCGGAGCUUGCGUCCAACAUCUUCUCCCUCGUCACCAUUUCUCUCCCACUGUCUUCGAUCUGGGCCGGCUUUACCAUCGACCAGCGGGCUCGAGACUCCGGCAUGUCAUCGUCCCGCAACAAUCUGUUCCAGGCCCUGUCCUUCUCCAAGGAGGCGAAGACCAGACAGUCCUCAACCGUGACGUAUGCGUCGCAGCCGAGCAGCAAAUCUCAUACCCUGUGCUAUGCGGAGUUGUCGCCGGCGAAGCAGCAGAGCGAUGCGGAAGCCGCCUAUGGCAUUGCUGUGGAACGGGACAUUUCUAUCCACAGUUGUCGGAAGGAUGGAAAAGCGCCGAAUGUGUGA